AGACUUUUGUCAGGUAUUGUAUAUUUUUUUCGAUUAAAAUGAUUUACCUUUAAUUAAAAAAUGUAUGUUGAAAUGUAAUUAUUCCAUAAACUCAGUAUGUGAUUAUUGUUAUUGUGCUUUUAUAACAGGUGGUCUGUCAAAAGCGGAUCGGGAACUGAUUGUUGUUGCGACCAGCGCGCAAAAUAACUGCUUGUAUUGUGUGGUAUCCCACAGUGCAUUGCACCGCAUCUAUUCCAAAAAACCCACGCUGGCUGAUCAGGUUGCAGUAAAUUACAGGGUUGCCGAUUUGAGCGGCCGUGAGAAGGCCAUGCUGGACUUUGCUCUGACGGUUUGCAGGAGUGAAACGGUAACAGAGGAACAUUUCAGCACACUUGAGGCUCAUGGUUUUGAUCGAGAAGAUAUUUGGGACAUUGCUGCCAUUGCUGCUUUCUUUGCCUUGUCGAACCGCAUGGCCCAUCUGACUGACAUGAGACCUAACGCAGAGUUUUAUAACAUGGGCAGAGUCCCCAGAGACAAAUCCAAAGCCUCUGAUGAAUAGACUCAUAUCAGACUUAUAAUAUUUUACACUGAUCAUUAAUAAUCAUCUUAUCGUUAAACUGCUGUUACAAAUCUCAGUCUAAGAGCCCUCUCUCUUUCACUAAUGUAUGCAUAUUUAAUUUUUGAAUUUCAAUACAUAUCUGGCUCCGUGUUCGACCUUAUGAAGAACUUCUGGUUGAACAUUUUUAGGUUAACUUAAAUUUGUUAGGUGCAUUUAUAUGAAUAUAUAUAACAUACUGUACAGUUUUGUGAACACCAUUUGAGAUGAAUGAGCAUGAAUAGUUCCACUGACCUUUGGACGGGAAUUAAAAUGUCUGGACAGGAAUUAAAAUGUCUAAAAUAUUCUUGUAAUAUAACGUAUGAAGACUAUAAUUAAUAAAUUAGUUUGAUAUA